AUGGCACGCGCCCUCGCGGACUUCACUGCCAAGACCUACAGCGCCCGGUUGCUGGCCUUUCAUGCUUUCUCAUCCUCAGGCAUCAUCCAGGCCUUCCUGGCAUUGCUAGCAGGUCUGUACGCCGGCACCACUCUAACAAACUACUUCUACGGUGUUCAGGCCUGGCACCUCAUUCAUGGCCUCAACUGGGACAUGGUCGAGGCCACCACCCAGACCAUGCUGCGCGCCACCAAAAGGCUGACCCUGCACUCUUUGCAGCGAAAGAAGAGGGCACCCGUAACUGAAGACAUCAUACGGAAGGUAUGGCAGCGCUUGGAGCUCGAACAGGGCAUGCACACCGCAAUUUUCGUGUGUCUAACCGUAGCUUUCUAUGCUUGCACACGGCUGGGUGAGCUCACAGUCCCGGCACUCAAUCGUUUCAACCCAGCGCUGCACGUCCAGGUGUCAAACCUCAGGGAGGCAACAGAUCAGAAUGGACUCAUGCAACAGAUGCUGCACGUCCCUCGCACCAAAACCACCCCAAACGGAGAAUAA